UUUGAUAUAGACGUCCGUGAGAGAAGGGCGCUGGUAGUCAAAACAGACACAAAAUGGCUGCCGUUGGAGACGACGCUGCUGCUAUGGACAGCAUUUCCAGGGCGCCCGGGGCCCACCCCGCGCCUUCGAACGCCGCUGCGGAUUCAAUGAGUCACGGGGAAAACGACGAGAACGUGACGGAAGCACCGGUGCCCGUGGUUAAAAAACUCAACACGAACAACGAUGGCGGUGUGGAAACGGCAGAAGAAGCUGUGGAGCCUGCUGAGCCUGACAUCAACGUGUUGUGUACUGACAUGUUUGAAAAGAUGGCCAUCUUUCUUCAAGGAGAACUCACAGCCACUUGCGAAGAUUAUCGUCUGUUAGAGAACAUGAACAAGCUGACGAGUCUGAAAUACAUGGAAAUGAAAGACAUCAGCAUCAACAUCAGUCGAAACUUGCAGGAUCUCAACAAUAAAUAUGCUAGCCUUCAGCCCUACCUAGAUCAAAUCAAUCAGAUUGAGGAGCAAGUGUCUUCGCUGGAACAAGCUGCAUAUAAACUGGACGCGUAUUCCAAAAAACUAGGUUGUUGGCUGGAUAUUAGAAGCCUCACACUCCCUCCCAGCCACUUGCCUCAAAUGAGUGUGAAGCGGACCCCAGUGGGUAACUUGAGGAACAAGGAAAAUCUGGAAAAACCUGAGCAGACACGAGAAGGAAGCCGUCAGCCGUCAGGAGGAGGAAGGAGGAAGGGCGGAGGAAGAGGAAGCUGCCAGUUACCCGGCCAUCAAACGGCGUUGCAGUGCCAGGAAGCGCCGUCCCCGAUAGCCUCCCUUGCUGUGGAGUUGUGACCCUCUGGUCAAUGUGCAAAAUCUCUUCGCUGUAAAGCAUCCCUGGGCCCAAAAUUUAAGAAACCCUGCUCUACAUGACCGUUACGUUCCUUUUAAAGCGGUCCUUGUGUCUUUCAUCACCAAAUAGCCGCAACUAAACGCAGUCUUAUGCCAUCUGCCGUUUUUGUUUCCACUGUUGUUGUGUUUCAUGCGACGCACAUGCACACACAACGCCACCCCCCUCACCCCACGUUCAAACAUUCUCCAGAGCUUUGGGCCUGUCAACGAUUUGUGUGAUGUGGUGUUCAGCAGGACGAACGUGCUCUCCGGGGCUCGUGGCUUUGGUUCAAAGUGUGCGGGCUUUCCCCGGGCGCUAAUUUUCUGGGAUUUUUGUUUUGUUUGUGUCGCACAGUCGUUUGCCUAGCGAUGAAUCAAUUUUUAAAGUGACAGCAGCACAGUCUAUCAAACGGGAUCAUAGCGCACGACGGAGUGAGCGCGUCUUAUCCCAGUCCGCCGCGUCUUCUUCUGUAGACUUGAUGCCGUCAAAAUUGCAGUGGGGGAAAAAAAAAACCUUUUGCCAAAAAUGCAUCCCAAGUGCUUUCAAUUACCUCAGUGCAGGGAUGUUCCGAAAUGGAAUAUUUAUAGAGCUCAUAAAAUGAGGAGAGCAGAUAAAAAUAUGUCCUUGGGCUUGUCGUAAACGUCAGAUGGUUGUCAUUGCUGUUUUGAUGACUAAUCCAUGCCAAUUUUUUUUUUAACCAGGUCUGACAUAAGGUGGAAGAUUCCAAAUAUCCAUACGUCUUUCGCAUUGGUCAUUUGCCGCUUUUGUUACCAUUCGUCCAUGAGCCGAGAAACCCGCUGACAUUUUUUAUUAUUAUUGUUUUUUAAGCACAGCAUCCAUAAAAACACCAGAGCUCGCAGAUGUCAAAUUUUGGCGUGUUUCUUUGUGGUCAGGCACAUUGUCAGCCAUCCAUUUUCUGAACCGGUCUUUUUCAAAUUUUAGAAUCAAAGCAAGUCAUCGUCAUUGAGUUUUUCAUGAUUACGCCAAUAUUUUAUUUAUUUAUUUAUUUAUUUUAGAAUAUUACCCUGAAGUUACCAAAGGUAGCAGAUGCCAAGUAUCAGAAUCAGCUCUUUUUAUUUUAAUUAUUUAUCAAUUAAUUUAUUUAUUUAAGGAGUCAAGGUAAGUUAUCGAAUCCCACGGACAUUUUACCAUUGUUGUUGUUGUUGUUGUUGUUUUUUUUUUUAAUGUAGCGACCUGAGGCCAACUUUGUUCUCGGUCUUUCUUGUCAUUGUUAUUAUUUGACGAUUAUAAAUUAUGUAUGUAUAAACAUUUGAACCUAUGGAAAAAAAAUAUAUACCUGCGUGCACUUUUAAAGCAGUAGCUUCAGCAAUAAUCAAGGACGGCUCUACGGGUAAAUGGUGAAAUGUGUUUUGGGGUUAGAUAAUAGAGUAUCCAUUAAAAAAAAGACAAAUGCAAAUUAAUUUAAAAGGACAUUUUAAAAAAUGAAAGAACUAAUUUUGUUUUUGCAAGGAUGCCGGCUACUCGUGCGAAUUCUUCCAUGUGUUAAUCAACAUGACCUUGGUAGCGUGUGUUUCAUUCAUUUCCUGGUUGAGUCAGGAGCACAUUCAUUCGUUCCCCAGUGAGCCAGGCGUUCCAGCCAAUGUUGGCCGUGUUCAAAGAGCGCACCGCAAUCAUACUCAUUCUCAUUACUGAAAUUGUUCAAACAUGUGCUUUUCAUCUCCCACAACAAAGGAAAUGCCGAGUUAGAGACGGGAAAAAGUGAACGUGACUUCCCCUUUCUACUUUCCCGUUUCUUUCUCACAACUAACGUUGAUUGUCAAAGUGACGAGCGUCACUGCUCAAUAAACCAUUUGCAUUUUUGGUCCCGUAUGAAUCACCGUCAUGUUCGUACGUCAUUGUCUUCAAUUAUGAAAUUCCGACUUGAACCCUUUCAUGCACCCUGCAACCUAAU